AUGAUUUAUUUAUUACUCAAUAGAUCAAUAUUUUUUUCAUGUGCUAUAUAUUUUUUUAUAAAUUUUUUACAAGUCUUUUGUACUUCAAAAAUAAGUAAAAAUGGACCACAAUUGUUUAAUGAAAAUGAUAAUAAUAAAUUAAACAAAAAUUUAAAUUCUUCAUUCAAUAAAAUAUUAUCUGAAAAAUUAUUUGACAAUAAAACACAGCCACAACUAACAAAUUUUGUUAGCAAAUUUAAUAACGAUAGUUAUAUUUCAAAUAAUAGCAAACCAAAAAGAGAAGCAAUUAAUAAUACUUUAAAUUCAACAAAUGCUACAGAAGUAAAACCUAUAGAUAAUAGAAAUAUAACUACUUCAAAUGAUAAUAAUCAAAAUCAACCUUUAGAGAUUCUAGAUAAUUUUUUAAACAAUAUUAGCUUAAUAGAUUCUACAAAUGCAACAACAAACGAAAAUAAUACUAUUAUAUCUAUCACCACACCAAUCACAAUCACAUCAACUACAACGAUGUCAGAUUUAAUAACAAAUACUGAAACAAUAUCAAAUGAUGAUACUGAAAUGGCGAUAUUGGAUACAGCAAAAAAUGAACAAGUAUUUGUAGAAAGUUUACCUCAACAUGCUAUAGAAGAAACAACAGAUUAUGGUAAAUUAAAUUCAGAUGGAACUGAUUUUGAUUAUAAAUCUUUAAUAAAUGGUGUUUGGAGUUUAACCAAUUUAAAGAAAUUUAGUUUUACGUGUAAAAAAGAAGAAGUAAACUCAAAGUAUGAUGAUUAUUAUGAAACAAUUGAAGUUAUGAAAAGAAAUGAAAUGAAUGAAUGGGUUUCAAUAAAAAGAAUUGAGCAUAAAGGACCUGGUAAACAUUCGUUGACAUUUAAAAUGGGAAUAAGUAAUGAAACGAUGAAAAAUUUAAAUUUUAAGUUUUUAACUUUUAUUGGUGAUUUUCAAUGUAAAUAUAGUUAUAACAAAUAUGAGGGUGAUGAAACAAGUUACGAGUUAAUAAAAAAGACUCCUAUAUUGAAAAUACGUUUUGGAGCAGUAACUUUUCUUGUUGAAACAGAUAUUCAAUUUAAGAAAAGUAUUAAACUGUCAUGUCCAAUGUUGGAGCAUGUCAAAAUGUACCGUCAAAGUGCCAUGUAUUUUGAUGAUAAUACAAGUAAUUAUAUAGAUGGUAAUUACAAACGUGUAAUAUUUACAGUAUUACCAAAAAAUGCAAUUCGUGUUGAAAAUGACACUUCAAUUAUAAUUAAAAAUUUUAAAAGCAUUAAUUUAGGAUUUUAUCAUUGUGUUUAUACAGAUGGAACACUAAAUGAUAUAGAGUUACGUUUAGUUUAUAAAGUAUUUAGUAGUGAAUUUGAUACAUUACAGAUUGAUAAUAUGUAUUUAAAACUUAUUUUUAUUUAUAUGUCAUUAACUCUAGGAGUUCUUUUUCUCACUUUAAUUUUCCAAUAG